CUAAAUAAUAAGUCGUCGUUUGAGUUUAGAGUCGGUUCUCUAAGCUAUAGCAGAAUAAAACUGGUAGUUUUUGGCCGGAAAAUUAGAGAGAAGCCAUUAAAUUACCUUCAGCAAUGAUCGUGUGAAUCAAAACCUCAAACCAAAAGGCCGAAUUCGAAGAAGAGAAUGGAGAUAGAUUCGGUCCCGAUUAGUCGGUGCUCCAAGGAGCACCAGAAGAUUUAUCAACUCUGGUUCUCUUGCGCUGAUUCUGAUGGCGAUGGGCGGCUAACUGGAGCUGAUGCCACCAAGUUUUUUUCCCUCUCCAACAUACCUCGUCAAGAUCUCAAACAGGUUUGGGCUAUUGCUGAUACAAAACGGCAAGGCUUUCUUGGAUUUAAAGAAUUUGUUACAGCAAUGCAGUUAAUCUCUUUGGCACAAGCCGGGCAAACUCUCACCGCCAAUAUUUUAAGCUCUAUGGUUGACUUUGAAAGCAUACAACCUCCGACCAUGGAAGGUCUGGAUGUUCUCCUUGCAAAGAAAAAACGUUUGUCAAGAGAACCUGAAGAUAAUGGUGAUGGGACUCCUAAAGAGCAAUCACCUGCUGCUGGUUGGUUUUCUUCUACAAAGUCCGCAAAGAAGGUAUCUCUGAGCUCUGUCACAUCAAUUAUCGAUGGCUUGAAAAAGCUGUAUGUGCAGAAGCUGAAGCCACUGGAAAUGACCUAUAAGUUUAACGAUUUUGUUUCUCCUUUACUGACCAAUAGUGAUUUUGAUGCUAAACCCAUGGUAAUGCUACUGGGUCAAUACUCCACCGGGAAAACUACAUUUAUCAAGCAUUUACUAAGGUCAAGUUAUCCAGGUGCUCACAUUGGACCUGAGCCUACAACGGAUAGAUUUGUUGUUGUGAUGAAUGGACCUGAUGAGAGAAGUAUUCCAGGGAACACUGUUGCUGUUCAAGCAGACAUGCCGUUCGGUGGCCUAACUAGUUUUGGAACGUCGUUUUUGUCAAAAUUUGAAUGUUCUCAAAUGCCACAUCCUCUGCUGGAACAUAUUACCUUCGUGGAUACUCCUGGAGUUUUAUCAGGAGAAAAGCAACGCACACAAAGAAGCUAUGACUUCACUGGUGUGACAUCUUGGUUCGCUGCUAAGUGUGAUCUCAUCCUGCUUUUAUUUGAUCCUCACAAGCUUGAUAUUAGUGAUGAAUUUAAACGAGUAAUUGGAUCUUUACGAGGACAUGAUGAUAAGAUACGUGUAGUUUUGAAUAAGGCUGACCAAGUUGAUACACAGCAGCUUAUGCGUGUAUAUGGAGCUUUGAUGUGGUCCCUCGGGAAAGUGUUAAAUACUCCUGAGGUUAAUCGUGUUUAUAUUGGUUCAUUUAAUGACAAGCCUAUAAAUGAGGGUGCUAUAGGUCCCAUCGGUAAAGAGCUCUUUGAGAGAGAACAGGAAGAUCUUCUGAAUGAUUUGAAGGACAUACCAAAGAAGGCCUGUGAUCGUCGGAUCAAUGAAUUUGUAAAACGUGCUAGGGCUGCUAAAAUCCAUGCUUACAUAAUCGGUCACCUGAAAAAGGAGAUGCCCGCAAUGAUGGGUAAAGCUAAGACACAGCAAAGGCUCAUCGAUAAUCUGCCCGAUGAAUUUGCAAAGGUUCAGAGAGAACACCAUCUACCAGCGGGGGAUUUCCCUCACGUCGAGCACUUUAAGGAGAGUUUGAGUGGGUACAACAUAGAUAAGUUUGAGAAGCUGAAGCCUAAAAUGAUACAGAGUGUUGAUGACAUGCUCGGAUACGACAUCCCCGAUCUCUUGAAGAACUUUCGGAAUCCUUAUGAUUAACAAUGGCUGGAGAUGAUAUGUUCUACCACACUCUGUUUGUAACAAAAGCAACAUUUAAUUGGUUCGUCAUUUUUAUAUACACUGUCACAUGUAUAGACUUUACUCGGAUUUAAUACUGUAUUUGCUGUACACCUGCGUUUGUUAAUAAGGGUGUUAAUUUGGGUUUGUUAAAA